AUGGAGCAAAUCACUAUCCCCUCCGACCGCGACGGCGUCGCCUACCUCUACGGCCACCCUCUGCGCAACUCCCUCUCGCCUCCCCUCCACCAAACAGUCUACAACGCCCUCGGCCUCAACUGGACACAGAUCCCCCUUUCCAGCGCAAAUGGCGUCUCCUACACUCAGUCCCCCGACAUCAGCACAUUCCUCUCCUCCAUCCGCGCAAACCCUAAAUUCGUCGGCUCUUCCGUCACUAUGCCCUGGAAGGUCGCGAUCAUGCCGCACCUCGACGACCUGACCGAAGACGCCCGACAGGCCGGCGCAUGCAACACGAUCUUCCUGCGCAAGGGCGGCGACUCAAACUCUCAGAUUUCCUACGUCGGCACAAACACAGACUGCAUCGGUAUCCGUGAAGCGCUCCUGCAGGGUUCGCCGACGGGGCCAGACCACUUCCGGGGUAAGCCGGCGCUGAUUGUCGGAGGUGGCGGUACGGCCCGGACGGCGAUUUAUGUGCUGCGCCGCUGGCUCGGCGCUAGUAAGAUCUAUAUCGUCAACCGGGAUGCCGCAGAGGUAGAGGCCAUUCUCGCCGAGGACAAGCAGCGGAAUCCCAACGCCUCUGCGGUUGCCCCGCUUGUACCUGUCUCCGACCCGGCUACUGCAGCGACCGUUGAGGCGCCUGUUGCCGUUGUCUCGGGAAUCCCGAAUUACCCACCCAAGACUGAGGAGGAAAUUCGUGCGCGGGAAACACUCAAGGUGCUGUUGCAGCGCCAGUCGCAUGAGAAGGACCAGGGUGUGAUCCUAGAGAUGUGCUACCACCCGUCGCCAUGGACGGAGAUCGCCCAGAUUGCGUCGGAUGCGCGCUGGCAGGUUGUGCUUGGGUCAGAGGCGCUCAUCUGGCAGGGUCUGGAGCAAGCAAAGCUCUGGACGGGGACGGACGUUGUGGCCGUGCCUGGUUUGGUUGAGCAGGUCAAGGAUUUUGUUGCACAGGCUGUUGCUGAGCGGUCCAAGCCGAACUUAUAA